UCCCGGCCAUGGCGCUGGCGGUGCAGGCGCUGCGGGUGCUGUGCGCUAGCGGCGGCUGCCUGGAGCAGGGCGAGCUGCUGCGGCGGCUGCCGGCGCGGCCCUCGGCCGAGCAGCUGGCGGCCGUGCUGCGGGACGCGCAGCGCUUCACGCUGGUGCGCCGGCCCGGCCGGGCGGCGGCCGCGGCCGAGGCCGAGGUGGCCGUGGUGGUGGCCACCAGCCCCGUGCGGCUGUGCCCGGAGCACGUCGCGGGCUGCCCGGGGCAGUGCGGGCAGCUGCACAUCUGCAAGUACCACCUGAAGGGCUUCUGCCGCAACCAGCUGGCCAGUUCUAGGAAGGGAUGCAGGUUUGUUCACAGCUUCCACUCAGACCACAAUCUCCGUGUUCUAAAGCAAUAUGGACUUGAGAAUUUAAACCAUGAUGAACUUUGCCAGCUUCUGCUUCAAAAUGACCCUUCCCUCUUACCAGAGGUCUGCUUGCAUUAUAACAAAGGUGAUGGACUUCAUGGAUCUUGUUCCUUUAAAACAUCUUGCACCAAACUUCAUGUUUGCCAGUACUUUUUGCGGGGUCAGUGCAGAUUUGGCAGCAGCUGCAAACGGUCCCAUGACUUAUUAAAUCCAGAAUGUUUUGAGAAACUGGAGAGACAGGGGAUGAGCUCAGACAUUAUUAAGAAACUACCUUCCACUUAUAGAAACAUGUAUGACAUAAAAAAUGGCAACAGAAACAUGUAUGACAUAGAAGAUGUCAAAUCUUCACCAUGCAAAGAUGGAAAACCCAGCACUAGACGGGAUUCCUCAUCUUCAAAGGAGGAUGAAUCAGAACAGAUAUGCUUACAUCAUCUGUACAGAAGUUGUGGCUUUAAAGAAAAGUGUAUCAGAACCCAUUUUCACUUGCCGUAUAGAUGGCAGUACUCUGAGGGUAAUACCUGGAAGGACUUCAUAAAUAUGGAAGAAAUAGAAGAAGCAUAUUGUGACCCAAAAAACGCCAGAUUUGACUAUGCUUUUACUGAAGGGCUUUUUGUCCCGUUCAGUAUCUGUUUUCGUGACAUGUGCUGUGAGUUCCAAAAAGUCAGACGUCUUUCUACAGCUUCCUCUGUGACCAAACCUCCUCACUUCAUUCUUACAACAGAAUGGAUUUGGUACUGGAAAGAUGAAUAUGGCAUGUGGCAGGAGUAUGGAAAACAAGAUGGUCUUCAUGAGGUUGCUACUGUCUCCAGUGAUGACCUGGAGAAAGCUUACUUGUAUGACAGUUCUCCAAAGAUGACUUUCAAAGCUGGAAGACAUGAAUAUGAAAUAAAUUUUGUGUCCAUGCUGCAGAAAAACAUUUGCUACAAAACAGAGAGGAAGAUUUGCAGAAGACCUAAAUUUGUCUCUCAGGAAGAGGUGGAAAAGAUAAAAGACAGGGGCGUUAAACAUACAGAAGGGUUUAAGAACAUUCCAGCUCACUGGGACAAAUCUGCCCUGCCUGAACUGGGAUUCAAGCUGAUUGAGCUUGACUGUUCUUCUGAAGAAUACAAGAAAGUCAAAGUGGACUUUCAGCGCACAAUGCCCAAAGCUCCUAUCAAAAAGAUUUGUAGAGUUCAGAACCCAUCCCUCUGGGAACUGUAUCAAUGGCAGAAGGACCUAAUGCAGAAGAGCAAUGGUGGAAAGGCUGCAGAUGAGCGAUUUUUAUUUCAUGGGACCAGUAAAAAAGACAUUGAUGCCAUCUGUCAGCAAAACUUUGACUGGAGAAUCUGCGGCCUUCAUGGGACAGUCUAUGGCAAAGGAAGCUAUUUUGCAAGGGAUGCAUCUUAUUCUGACAACUACUGUGGGACAGACUCAAACACCAAGACCAUGUUUCUGGCACGAGUGCUGGUGGGGGAGUUCACUCUUGGUAGUUCUCAUUAUGUUCGGCCUCCGAUGAAGGACAGCCAAAAAUUCUAUGACAGUUGUGUGAAUAACUCUACAAAUCCUUCUAUCUUUGUCAUCUUUGAGAAGCAGCAGAUUUAUCCAGAGUAUCUCAUAGAAUACCAGGCACUGGCAAGACUUCUAUAGCAACAAAACCCGUCAUUCUUGCGUUUAACUGGUUUAAAAGUUUUUUAGUUUUGGCUUAAGAGAGAAAAAUUGAGUUUGAAGAAGCUGUGUGAUCAGAUAGGUGAGUGUUCAGAAACAUUUUUUCUCUGUCUUUUCUGUGUAAUAGAAAACAAGGCAUAAAAAGGCAUAGAGGAUGUUUUAGAAUUCCUAAAAUCCUGUUUCUGUAUCUUAUUUGUAUCAGCUUUCACAUAUACCCUACAUUUUGGGAGCCUUUCAUAAAUUUAUUAGAAUAAAUUGCUGAUGGUUGUAGCAUGAGGAUUGGCCAUGACUGCCAAGUUAAAACAAUUUUAAGGUAUUGUUUCAGGAUAAAUUUUUAUAUGUGCUCAUUGGUCAGAGGCACUAUCCCUCUGCCUGUUUUUCUUUUAACUCAAAACUGGAUAAAACAUGUUUUUUAGUAAUCUGUCUCCUGUAACAGUAGACAAUGAGGUGUUUGCAAAUGUGACUGUACAAUCUGUGCUCAACUCAUUGCAUAAAUUCUCAGUAGCACUCUUCUUUUUUGUCUGCACCAACAAAACCUCAAAAAUUAAACUUGCUUGUUGAAAAAGAGAUGUAUUUUCACUUGCUGAGUUUCUCAUUUAAAAUAAUUACCAAAGAUACAAGCAUAACAGGGGUUGCUUGGUGCUGUGGGACUCAGUUGAUUUACUCUAUCAAAUAAAUACUAUAUUUUAUGUCUGAGAACACAAGUUUUUUGUUACUUUCACUGUGCCUACAAACACAAGAGUCCUGGCAGGUGUUGUGGAGGAAGCAAAGGAGGCAACUCACACUUAUUUCAUACCAUACUUAGGAGGGAAAUAUACUGCUUGUCCUGCUUGAUUGUCAGUACCUUCUUUCUGUGGAUGAACCUUAUGGUUCCCUUACAGCUGUUGGGAAGAAUGGGGAGUGACUGUCUCUCAUUAGGUGUUCUGCCUCUUUGGAUGCAGGACAUUCACAGAUUUCCUGUGUAAUCAAGCUAUUGCUGGACUUUUUUCAACAUGCUUACCUGGGAAUUUGUCUUCAGCCACAGAGCUGAAACCUUUAAAAUCUGAAGAUUAAGUUGAAUUUUUAAUUAUUCUUAUCAGAAGAAGAUAGUAGUGUUGAGCAGUCAGCUUACAUAUGUGCAAUCAAAAAACUUGAGCUAUCAAAUAUUUUUUUAAUAUUAAAGUUGUUGAUGCAUAGAUAGAUAAUUUAUCAUAGAAAUAAUGUGCUAAAGUAGCUAUAAGUUAGCUACAGUGUGCUGCAGAAGCCUUAAGAAAUACUUUCUAUAUGACCUAAAAAAGCUCAUCUUCAGCUGCAUUCCAUAUACUUCUUUUUAACUCUUCUGGAUGAUGAUUGACAGGUGUUCACUGGGUAACUCUAUUACUUCAGCAUUGUGAGCCAGGAGCUUGACCAUGAUUAGCUGGAUUAAAGCUGUGUAGACCCCUUUUUUUGUAAACUGCAAAUAUAGCAGCAUGAUACCUAAAGGAAAAUAACUCCUAUUUGUGUUUAAUCCCAGUGAAACACAGAAUAGGGAAAGGCAAAUUGAGUGUAUUAUUUCUUUUGAAAGAUUUGUAAUAGAACAUAAAUUAUAAAUCUCAUGUAGCAAAUGAGCUUGUCAGCAAAUAGUACAUUAAUUGAGAAGGAUAACAGUUAUGGAGGAAAGACUUCCUAUCUGUGCAGAAUAAGGUUUUUCUGCCAAAACAAAAACCAUCUUUAUCUACAUGUUAAUGGCAAAUGAGAAUACUGGUUGUAUGAGUUUCUUCCUCUGAACAUAAGCAGAAUUUCAGGUAAGAAUUAAGAUAACUAAAGUCGUGUUAAUCUUCUGCCAGAAAAUUGAAAUGAACAUUCUUUUUCAGGCAAAAAGUUGAAAUAUUUUUAUUGACAUUUUUUAUUGUAUUUUUAAAACCUCUAACUUGAUUCUUGUGUGUGUAUGAGUGUAAGUAAAACAGCAAAUAAAAUGCCUGGUUGUUGUAUUUUGUCAUCUGUUAUUUCUCCAUUAUCACAGAAAGAGAAAAGUUGCCAUGUUUUUUCCACUUUUUGAAAGUGCAGGGGUAAAAUUCUUGUGUAUGUUAAAUAAACAGGUACUCAAACUAGUAAA